GAAACGGGUGAGAAAAAAAUGACGCCGUUGUGGAAGAUGACGGCGGAUGAUGCGCAAAGAGCGUCCUCGCCAGAAGAUGUUGAGCUCCACGAUCAACCGUACAACAUGAACGUGGAGGCAUCCACCAUCAAAUCAUCGGAGCAGGUGAAAACAAGGCCGCGGGUAAGCGAGCUAUGGCAGUCUUACUUGAGUUGGAUGUGUCUGAGUGGUGUUUUCCUCGGAUUCCAUUUUGCUUGCUGGGUUUGGUCUCUCGAACAUACCAGCUUACUGCACUCGCUAAUGUGCGUAACAAGCUAUCCUCUAUUUUUCCAUCUUUGGCGCUGGUUUCUCUAUGCGAUGUCCCUGACAGGACUCUGUGGUCUGCGUGCAUUGGAUAAAACGCUGACGAAGAUGAACUACACGAAAAAUUGUGACAACGAUUACUCCGGAGAGAUUCAACGGGUGCCUAGUCUUCAUGGACGUAGUGACGUGAAGAGCACAAGCGACGAUUGCGAAAUUCGGGACGCGGGCGACAAAGAGAACAAAGAGGCAGUAGUCUUAGGUGUCAGCAAAACUAUGAGAAGUGCGCAUGCUGCAUCAAUAGCAGAAGGUCCAUUGACUUCUCCGGGAGGAAUUCUAUCGCGCUUUUCUACCUCUGGAUCCCUGUUCCUGGAGUUUCGGAACGCUGUAAUGUCGCAGCGGAACGCCGCUCCUGGCACUAUGGAGUCUGCAGGGAUCGCAUUGAGCCUGUUGGGUGUCGCAUGUUUGGUUCUCGGACCUAGUUUGGAAGGUGGUCACCACACGUCAGAAGGGGAGAAAGGGAACGCUGUGACGAUCCAUGGAGACUUGGUCGCGUGUGUCUCCGCCAUAUGCAUGUGCAUCUAUCUCCUCAUCGGGAAGCGCAUGGUAUCCUGGUGU